CGUUCUUUUUUGGGUGAUUGGACAUUCUCUGGACUACUCCUUGCAUUACUUUCCUGUUAUUAUACUUCUUGUAUAUAUUUCAAUUGCUAGACUUCGCCUCAAGACAUGGCGAGUAUACAGCGCGUAGCGCGGAACUGCCGCAAGGUCAUGUGUAUAGGUCGGAACUAUGCCGACCACGUAAAAGAACUCAACAACACCAAACCCAAGCAACCCUUCUUCUUCCUCAAGCCACCCAGCUCCAUCUUGCUGCCUGGCGCGGGACCGGUGCUUAGGCCCAGAGGCGUAGCGAUGCAUUAUGAGGUAGAGUUGGGUUUGGUCAUGGGCAAGACGGUAAGGGAUCUGGACCCUGAGGAUACACAGGGUGCAAUGGAUGCUAUUGAAGGCUACCUCCUCGCAAUCGACAUGACUGCUCGCAACGUCCAGGAAGAAGCGAAGAAGAAGGGUCUCCCAUGGUCCAUUGCCAAAGGCUUCGACACUUUUUUGCCAAUCAGCAAUUUGAUCGCAAAGUCGCGCGUCCCGGAUCCGCACAACGCUCAUCUCUGGCUGAGCGUAAACGGCGAAAUUAAGCAGUCUGAUAACACGGGCCUUAUGUUGUUCCGAAUCCCCAGGCAGCUGAGCGAUAUCAGCAGGGUGAUGACAUUGGAAGCCGGAGACAUUGUGCUCACAGGCACACCAAAAGGGGUGGGUCCCGUAACAACGGGAGACGUGAUGAAAGCUGGGUUGCAAGUAGAUGGUAAAGAUAUCAAGGAUGCGACCAUUGAAGUUCCAGUGAAGGACCGCGAAAGCCCAUAUGAGUUCAAAGAGACAUAGGUAUGUUCUAGAUAUCAAGAUAUUCAUCGGAUUUGUCUUCGGAUGUGCCUCAGCUGGACCUUUCGUUCCAAGCUAUGCGGGACGACUUGCCUUACGCCUUCAGGAACGAUUUCAACG